UUGAAGGCAUUGGAUGUGUAAAACAAUUAAAAAAAUGCGAGACUUUAUACUCACUUGGCUGGGCCUCCAGUUUUUCGGGGCGAUAAAUGCUCAGAUGUUGCGUAGCCAAAGAAAUCCCAAAAUGUAACUUUGGAGACUCGCAGUGCAUUGUCAAGUCUAUGAACGCGCUGAUACGUAAGUUCCCCAGAGGAAUACCUGCCCUGGGACUUAAGCCCAUCGACGUGGUGGACAUAAAGGACUCUAAGUUCUGGGACGAUGAUCGGGUAGGAGCCUUCUGGCUCAAGUUUUUUCUAUACGAGCAGGUGAACUAUGGAUUCGAGAACACGACCAUCACUAAGGUAAAUGGCUUCGACGAGAAUCCCACCUCCAGUCUGAUAGAGAUUCACGGCCGGAUACCCAGUCUCAUCCACAAGGGUAGCUACUUCUCCGAGGGCAGGGCGUGGCUCGUUCAGAUGAACUCUACCGGCGAAUCCUUUUCGGACUUCCAGAACUUUCGCUUCGUUCUUAAGCUGAAGGUGAUCAUGGAGUAUCGGAACAAUAAGAGAUACUUGAAGAUCUACGAGCUGAAUCCGUUUGUCAACAUGGAUCGCUGGGUGUUCUGGUUGGACAACUUUUUUGCGGAGAACACGGAUGCCACGAUAGCCAUAAACCAUGUAUUCAACAAGCACUGGGUGGAGUUCUGGAACGAACUGGAGCCCCAGAAUCUGAAAAUCUUCGCUGGAGUAUUUCGUGGCAUCUUCGAGGACGUUUUUGCCAAAAUCUCCUACGACGACAUGUUCCUGCCAGUCUACAAAGAAUCCGAAGUGAACGAUUAAAAUCGAAUUGUACAGCAACCGCAUUCCAGUUUUAUUGAAUUUAUGGAAGGACAAAUAUGACUAUUGCACGCAAACCGGUUGAAUUAGCAUUAAAUAUGUUAGUCUAGUCGGUUAGGUUAUUGUAAAUAGUUGAAAAGCUUUUCUAAUAGCCGGUUCUGAGCAGUAGCAAUCGUAUUAAUUGUUUCGUGACUUGACAGUUUUAAUUUGCCAAAUGAAGUGAUGAGAAAGUAUUACCAGAUAGAUUACGUUGUGGAUUUCUUAUAAAUUUAUUUUGAGCUCAAAA